UUUUAUCUAAUCCGUGAUUAAGUUAUUGUUCCUGAUUGUGGGUGAUUAUUGUGCGUACGUACACGAAAGGAAAAACAUAAUUCUAGCGAUGGCUUAUCAGGGAGGAUAUCCGCAACAGCAGUACGGAGGUGGUGGCGGCUACGGACAACACCCGGCAGCCGCUGGAUACGGUGGUGGUUAUGGGGGUUACGCACCACCACCACAGCAACCACCCGUCAAUCCGGAAAUUCAAAACAUCUUCCGAAACAUCGAUAAAGACAACACAGGGCGUAUUAACAACCGGGAGCUCCAGCAGGCGCUUAUUAAUGGACGGGGUGACCACUUUUCCGACACCGCCUGUAACCUGAUGAUCAGCAUGUUCGAUCGGAACAAGACCGGUACGGUCGAUAUUUACGACUUUGAGAAGCUAUUCAACUACAUCAACCAGUGGUUGCAGGUGUUUAAAAACUUCGACCGCGACGCAUCGGGCCACAUCGAGGAGUCGGAACUGACCCAAGCAUUGACGCAGAUGGGCUUCCGCUUUUCGCCCCAGUUCAUACAGUACCUGAUCGCAAAGAAUGAUCCGAUCAAUCGGAAGGAAAUCUCGGUGGACCAGUUCAUCGUGACCUGCAUCCAGAUACAGCGCUUUACCGAUGCAUUCCGUGUGCGCGAUACGGAGCAGAAGGGCAUCAUUACGAUCGGCUUCGAGGACUUUCUGGGCAUUGCACUGUCGAUGUGUUCCUAAAACUGUGCGAGCGGGGACAGUUCUGGCCGAGGGAUCUUUGAACCCGAUCUUGGACGCUCUAACCUAACCGCUAUCGUUUCAAGACACACAGACA